UUGUAAACUGUAAUGUGAAAAUUACGUUUGGCGGUAAAGCAUUUCCACAUUAAUCAGGCCCCGGCCAAACCGCGUUCCAAUCUCUCUCUCUCUCUCUCUCUCUCUCUCUCGCUGUGUUACUGUUUCAAUUAUCUGGAAGAACGAUCGCCGACGGACGGAGGGGGGAAUUGGAACUUUUUUUUUUCCCUGGUGACGGUCCCGAUCCUGAUUUUGAUUAGGGUUACGGGAUGUGGGGAUCAGAUCAAAUGCUUCUUUGAUCGCGCCUCUGCUUAAAUUUCCCCUCUCAGCUUCGAUAGAAUCGAUUUCCCCCAACCAUGUCGGAAACCGCUCCUCCUCCAUCAUCAACUCGGAGUUGCGCUUAUCUCGAUGCCCUCACUCUCGAAAUCGAGAAGAAGCUCCAACGGGCACUAGCUUCCUCGUCUCAGAGACUCAACUUGUUGCAAGAGCUGUUCGCCGACAUUGCUUUGGAAGUUGAUGAGCGGGCCAAAGAUAUUAUUCUCGGCAGGGAAGAAGAUGCGAUUUCUCCUGACAAGGAUGGCUCUGCUACCGAAUUGUGCUUUUACAAUGUGCUUGCUGAUUACUAUGUCGAGGCGCCUGAAAGUGGGAAGAGAAUCCUUGAUCUGAUUGUCCUUCUCUGGAGUCAGUCAUUUGCAUCACAUAUAUUUGCACUUCUGUUUCAUAAAUGGUUAUUUGAUGCACAACUGGACAGCAAUGAGGUGCUUCUUCGUUACUCAUCUGCUCUUGUUCAAGGUGCUACUAAUGUUUUCUGGAUUGAUAUUCAAACAAACACAAGGCGUUUCCAGACUCUCUUUCAUUUUCAGUACCUCCUCAACGAAGUGGCACUGGAGCCGUCGCGGUUGAAUAAAAUUCCAGUACAGGCACAGCGAGAUUUGUUUCUCUUGCUUUCGAGAUUCAUACUAUUUUACAACUUAGUUGACAAGCUAGAGGGGUUCUUAGACCAAUUCCCUGUUUUCCCAAAUGCUUUCUUGGUUGGUGGUCCUGCAGAUUUCUUUGUUAUUGAACUUGCAGACCAGAUUCAAAAGCUGAAGGUGGAACCAGUUCUACUGCAUUACCUUUCGGAAAUAAAAGUUCUCCAAGCAGGCUUGGAACUGAGAAUGACAACAAGUACUAGACUAAAGGCAUGUCUAUAUAGCUUCACUUCUCCAGGCGGCCCAAUGUAUCCAACUAGAGCAGUUCGCCAUGCGGCCUGGGAUGCUUUAGACUUUCUGUUCCCUGUUGGACAAUAUCCACGGCACGUGAUAAGUUUGUUUUUCAGGCUGUUGUAUCCAUGGUACUGGCCAUCCUCGUGUUGGAACUUCAUAGUGUCUUGCAUUAAGGCCGUGUUUUUUUCGUUGUUGAGGCUGGUGUUUUCUAGUUGGGACAAGCUCAAACCCACCAAGGAACACUAAGGCUCUUGGGCUGGAAGGAUGCUAUAUCAGCAGAGGCAGAGAUGUCCAAGUUCCUUGUUUUGUGUUGUAAAUUAUGUGUUCCUCUCUUCGUCUUCUUGUUUUCUCAACUAGCGACUUAGCAAGUGUCUGCUACUUUGGCCAGUUGUUUUCCGGUUCUACUUCACGAACAUUUUUAUCCAAGGAAAAGCGAUUUUAGUUUGAUUCAAUGUAUACUCGACCAAUUUCUAGGCAGGACGCAAACCACCAUGUUUUUGCCCAAAUGGUUUCAGACGUGUCUUUGGCAGGAAGGAGUUAUUAUGAGUUGAAAGAGUUGGUGGAAAGGACAAAGGGGACUGUAAGGAUGAAAUGCUUAGAGUAUCCUGCUUUUGCAGUAGACCUGGCUGCCUCUUUGUAUCGGCGAUCUAUUAGAGUUGAGUUGUAGAGUCUCCUUGUACUAGUACUAGUCAAGCAGUUUGUCAUUGUAUUGGUGUUGUGAUCGUAUUCAUGCAA